AUGAUCGGACGCGCAUUAUGGGUAUGUAAGACCCGGGUAGGAAAGAGGGGUAGCAAGCCUGGGAUUCUGCCUUUUCUAUGCGCGGUGAUAACGUGCUCAGCACUUUCGGCUCUGCUUUUCGUGGACUUCAUUGAGUCAUGGGUCACCUCCAUGGGAAUGAACAAGGUGGUGGAGCCGCACAUCGGGAUCAUCCCACCGCAAAGCGUCCCUCCUACCAGAUCGGAGGAAUUUUUGCUCAUGCCUAGCCCACUUGUGUGCCAACGUGCCAAGCCUUACCUCAUCAUGAUGGUUACUUCGGCUCCUGCCAAUCAGAGGGCCCGCCAAGCCAUCAGGGACACUUGGGGAGGGGAGGUGGAGGUGAGAGGUCUGCGGGUCAUGACCCUCUUCAUGGUCGGCGUGGCGUCUGACCCCGGACUGGCUAAGCUGCUGAUAGAAGAGGCUCGGGAGAAGGGAGACCUGGUUCAGGGGCGUUUUUUGGACACGUACUCCAACCUCACCCUGAAGACUCUGUCCAUGCUGGGCUGGACCCGGAGGUUCUGCCCUCAGGCUCACUUCAUGGCCAAAGUGGAUGAUGAUGUCCUGUUCAAUCCCAGUGCUCUCCUACACUUUCUGAAUAAGAGCCGCAACCCCUAUGAACAAGGAGACUUGUACCUUGGCAGGGUGCAUCUCCAUGUGGCUCCGGACCGGGACCCGGACAGCAAGCACUACCUCCCCUCAGGAGCCUACCCUCCUUCUGUCUUUCCAGACUAUUGCAGUGGCACAGCCUAUGUACUGUCCCGGUCUGCAUUGCUCAAAAUUUCCCUGGCAGCCUCUGCAUCACCUUUAUCCACACCUCUUCCGCCCGAGGAUGUGUUUGUAGGCUUGUGUGCCCGAGCAGCUGGAGUGCUCCCCUCACACUGCCCUCUCUUCUCCGGUGGACCAAGUGUGCCGUACGGACGCUGCUGCUAUCAGGCCAUGGUGUCCAUCCACCACAUCCCACCCAGAGACAUGCUGCACUAUUGGGCUGAUGUGCAUUCACCACCUCCCUGCUCCUGGUUGAAUGUACGUGCUUCUUUGGGGAUUUGCAAAGUCCGGGCGAUGCUGGGCACAACUCUGGGGUUGGAGCAAGGAUUGUGA